AUGGUCAACAAGAACGCGAAUGGAGCAUUGGUACCCGAGAACGUGCCAUUGCGCGAUGGGCCCCCGACCAAGGAGGAACUGCUCGUUCAUUAUCCAGCUCGAUUUACGUGGCAACAACUGAAGACGUUUGUUAAUUCUGGAGAUCUUGGACUCCUCAAGCGCGAUCUGAAGUUGCAGGAAAGGUACGACCGAUGGAUGGCUGAGAUAGUCAAGAAGUAUGGAUCUGUAGUGAACUAUCUCCUAAACUACCGUCUACAAUGGGGGAAACCGGACACUAUCUCCCUGCUAACAUCGGAAAUCACUGAGGAAUACUCCCCAUUAAAUGCCGCGACACCGACUCCUUACUUUUCGGUGAAUGUCCCCGUGGAUAUGAUAUGUAUUAUUCAGAACGACUGGCCAUACUCAGUGCCGUCUGACGUAGAGCAUACGGUCAUUUGGACCAAGGCGCCCAUCUACCACCCAGAAUUGAUGCACGAGACAAUCAAGCCCCGUAUAGACCAGGACGGUCUUUGGGGAUUUACGGGAAACAGAUCGCCACCACCGUCACCCUCGAUGCUUCCCGCCUGCUUGCCUGCCUUGGCAGACUGGGGAAUCACCCUGGAUAAAAUGAUAACCUCUCCAAAAGGCUCGGAAGAAGAGGAAGCCCUUGUCAAGAAGGCAGGAAGUGCUGUCGCGGAAUUUGUGAGGAGGAGAUGGAAGGAGGAUGUAUGGGAGACGGCCUGGUUUGUCAAUCCACCUAGAUUACAAAGUAUACCCCAUCUAGCGCACAUUCAUGUCUUUGCCCGCAAGCACUCGAAUUAG